UCUCAGAUCAACAAUCUGUGGAGAGAGAGAGAGAGAGAAGAGAGAGAGAGAGAGAGAGAGGAUGCCAGGGUUGAGAGGUCCGUCCGAUUAUUCCCAAGAACCCCCUCGCCACCCGUCCCUGAAGGUUAAUUCCAAGACAAUUCUCAUGUGGCCAUUUGAUUUAUGGGGGACAAUUCUCAUAGGGUCGAGCUAACUAUUGCAGAUGGCUAUGCAGGAUAAGUAGUGCUUCAAAUUGUAGUAGAUGUAGUGCAUAUAGCUUUUUCUCAAGUCCUGGAGAGCCAUUAUACUUGUUUUGUAGCAUCGAACACUUAUGAUGAGUAAUUUGAAUAUGUGGUGCACCAUCGUCCAGACUUUUUGUCUUGGUUUUAAUCUCUAUAAAGUUACAAUGCUGCAGAAUUUUUACUCUCUUGUACGAAUACCUCUUGUUUUCUUAAGUAGAAGUCACUUCAAAAGGAGCCAUUUAAUGCUGAGCCUCAUCGUGCAGCUUUAUUGUCAUACAUUACUCCUAUCGAUUUUUUCUACAAGAGAAACCAUGGACCAAUCCCAGUAGUUGAUGACAUUGAAAGAUAUAAUGUUAGCAUAGGUGGUUUGGUGGAGAAGCCCUUAGAGAUAUCUAUGUUUGAAAUAAGGAGGCUGCCCAAGUACAAUGUCGUUGCAACUUUACAGUGUGCAGGUAAUAGAAGGACGGAAAUGAGCAAAGCACGCACAGUGAAAGGUGUUGGGUGGGAUGUUUCUGCUAUUGGAAAUGCAAUAUGGGGAGGUGCAAAAUUAGCUGAUGUUCUUGAGCUUGUUGGAAUAUCAAAAUAUUCUUCAUUCUCAGCACCAGGAGGGAAGCAUGUUGAAUUUGUUAGCAUUGACAAGUGCAAAGAGGAAAAUGGUGGACCCUACAAGGCAUCAAUAUCCUUGAGGCAGGCGGCAAAUCCUGAAGCUGAUGUUUUGCUUGCAUAUGAAAUGAAUGGAGAGAUCCUCAGUCGUGAUCAUGGAUAUCCAUUGCGGGUGAUUGUUCCUGGUGUAAUUGGUGCACGAUCUGUAAAAUGGUUAGAUCACAUCAACAUAAUUGAAGACGAAUGCCAGGGUUUUUUUAUGCAAAAGGAUUACAAAAUGUUUCCACCUUCAGUUAAUUGGGAUAAUAUCAAUUGGUUGACCAGGAAGGCACAAAUGGACUUUCCUGUGCAGUGUGCAAUAUGUUCUUUAGAGGAUGUGGAUGUUGUAAAUCAAGUAAAGGCUACUAUUGCUGGAUAUGCAGUAUCUGGUGGUGGCCGUGGAAUUGAGAGAGUAGAUAUAUCCCUUGAUGGGGGAAAGACAUGGUUGGAAGCUGAGAGAUAUCAAAGACGCAAUAUACCAUAUCAAUCUGAUGAUAUGAACAAUGACAAGUGGGCAUGGGUUCUAUUUAAAGCUACUGUUGACAUACCGGAAAAUGCUGUGAUUAUUGCUAAGGCGGUUGACACUGCUGCAAAUGUCCAACCUGAAAAGGUAGAUGCUAUAUGGAACCUAAGAGGUAUACUGAACACAUCGUGGCACAAGGUCCAAGUACGGAGAGCCUCACCAGGGAUGAAUUCCAAUCUGUGAAACAAAGGAGGUAAAAAGUCAACAACAUCCUAUUUUCCACCCGAUUGAUUUCAUGUCAACAGGAACUUUUUUUGAAGUUGUAGAUUUCAAACUGGCACGGAACUUGUUUACUUCCCUCGUCACCUGUUUGUACCCGUUACUAUAGAUUUACAAUUCUGCUCAGACCAAUAUAUCUACAGCAGCAGGUGGUUGGACCCCA